AUUCAAUUUUCUUUCAAAUUUUCUUUGCGCAGCAUCUUUUUUAUAUUUAUCGAUUUUUGAUUUUCGUCUAAUCUUUAUUUUUCAUUUUAACAUUGAGAAGUGAUGUCAGGGACCAACUCUAACUAUGACAAUAAAAGUGGAAUAAAGUAAAAAAAGGCAUAUAGUUCGAGACUGUUUUUUUCUUUCCCCGCUCUCUUUUUGUUUCUCUUUAACAAUUUUUUAUUUUUAUUUUUAUUAUUUCCAUUUCUAUAUAAAAAUAAUAAUGGCAGACGAUAAAAAACCCAAACCACCGUGCCAAAAAGAAGCCUGCAAGCUCCAAGACUGUCUCUGGCGCAACGAUUUCCAAGAAAGCCGAUGCCAAGAAACACUUCGUGCACUGCAAUCCUGCUGCAACACACUUCUCCAAGCCAACAAAACCUCGAUCUGCUGUCCGAGCAAGCCCAUGAAGAAACUGUAAAAAGAUAGAUAUAUUCUGCUUAGUUAAAACUAUAAUAAUGAUGACAAAAUUAUUUUAAAUAGAAAAAUGAUGGUAUG